UCAGAGUUGCCCUUCUGAAGUUAACGGCCAGCGUUCCUCCUGGGUGUUCCUGUCAGGACAGAGGCUAUAGCACCAGUUGAAAAUUUCAGUCUGUGCUUCAUGCGAUUGUAUUCCUGAUGGAUAAUAUUCUUCAAUAGCAAUGGUGUAGCCUACUGUACAGCCUACAUGGAAUAACUGCUCGUUCAGGUCGGUAAAUAGUGGACACGACAUAACAAGCGUAGAAGAGGAAUUAAAGAAGAAUCAAAGAAGAUUCACCUAAAAUAACUGCCAACAUCUGCAAAGUGCCAUUCAAGACCCACCAUGACCAAAGACGACGAAAUACCGGACUGGUCAGGGGCGCAGGAGUUUUAUGACAAAUAUGACCCCAAAGAGAUCCUUGGAAGGGGAGUGAGUAGUGUCGUUCGACGCUGUAUUGACAAACGCUCCAGCCAGGAUUAUGCUGUGAAGAUCAUUGAUGUCACACCCUCUGAUAAAUUGUCAUCAGAGGAAAUUGAGGAGAUCCGAGAUUCAACAGAGAAGGAGAUUGACAUUCUGAAGAAGGUUUCUGGACAAGAAAACAUAAUCCAGCUGAGGGAUUCCUAUGAAACCAAGGCCUUCUUUUUUUUGGUAUUUGACUUAAUGAAAAAAGGAGAACUCUUUGACUACCUCACUGAAAAAGUUACCUUGAGCGAAAAAGAAACAAGAAAGAUCAUGCGUGCUUUACUGGAGGUGGUCCAGUUUCUUCACUCCCAGAACAUUGUCCACAGGGAUCUGAAGCCUGAGAAUAUCCUGCUGGAUGACAUGGAUAAUAUCAAACUCACAGAUUUUGGCUUUGCUGUGCAGAUCGCUGCAGGACAAAAGUUGAAUGAGGUCUGUGGAACACCAGGUUACCUUGCUCCUGAAAUCAUAGAGUGCUCCAUGGAUGCCCAUCAUGUUGGAUACGACACUGCAGUCGAUAUCUGGAGUUCAGGGGUGAUCAUGUACACCCUGCUGGCAGGAUCGCCUCCUUUCUGGCACAGGAAACAGAUGCUGAUGCUCCGCAUGAUCCUGGCCGGGAAUUACAAUUUCAACUCUCCAGAAUGGGAAGACCGUUCUGACACUGUCAAAGAUCUGAUCUCUCGAAUGCUGGUGGUGAACCCUCAGGAAAGAUACACAGCGGUGGAUGCACUGAACCAUCCGUUCUUCCAGCAGUAUGUCGUGGCAGAAGUCCGUCACUUCAGUCCGUACAGGAAGUUUAAGGUCAUAUGCAUGACUGUGCUCGCCACCAUGCGUAUCUAUUGCAACUACCGUCGAGCCAAGCCUGUGACCAAGGAUGUGAUCCAGAGCGACCCUUACGCAGUGAAGCCCAUCCGCAAGCUCAUCGACGCCUGUGCCUUCAAGAUCUAUGGACACUGGGUCAAGAAGGGCCAGACCCAGAACAGAGCGGCCCUGUUCGAGAACACGCCCAAGACCAUUUUGCUGUCUAUAUCAUCAGAGCACGACUCUUCCUCCCUCCAUACAUUGCAAUAGCAAUUGAAUAUGGAACCAAGGUACUUGACUCUCAAAGUGGUGUGAUGGAAUCACAGGUGCCUAAAUGGUGUUGUUGUUUACGUAACAGAGGGGCACAAUGAAAUUAAAUAUAUUUAAAAGCAGCUUAAAAGUUGUCAAUACAUAAAUCUGCUCUAUGUUACAUGAAGGGGUCUUUCCUGAAAGUAAGGAUUUACGUGUUACCUGUGCUGAAGGGUGAAUUCCCUCUGUUGUACUGUAAGACAUUAUACUGCAUCUGCAUCAAUGGAGACUGCCUGGUAAGCAAUUUGUGUUGGAAAAAUCCUAUUAAAAUGAGCAGUCUCAAGUCUGGUAGAUGAACACCAUACUAUCUAAUGCAAAUCAUGUUUUUUGUUUAUGAAUUAUUUUGAUUUUACAAAUGUUUGAAGGACUUGCAUUCUUUCAUUUAUAAAAUCUUUGCACUUUAUAAUGUGUGUAAAGUGUUAUUUAUAACAAAAUACAACAACAGAUGUGGAUCUUUCUUGUAGAAUAUCCAAUGUGUGCUCUGGGACUGUACAUAGGAAUAUACAUGCAUGUUUGGUGUUGCCUUGCAAAGUAAACAAAGAAUUAUCUACCAUUUAAUCAUUCAAAAACAUAUUUAUUGAUGAGUGCAUUGAAUAAACCAAAUUGUAACUAUAA